AAGGGGCAAUGUAUUUAUCCGCUUUCUGUAAGUACCUCAAAAGUAGUUGAAAAUGGCGGCUCUGCUAAACAACUCCUCUUUCAUUGGUGAAAGAAUUUAAUACCCGUAAAAAGAAAAAGAUUAAACUCUCCCCUCUUUUUUACUAGUAGGAAAGUUGCCUUCUAUUUCUCCGCUUUCUCUCCAUUAAUGCCAAUCAUCUCUGCUCCUAAAUACAUAUCUACAUAAAUUAUCACUACAGCUAAUGUAUUCAUAGUUUCAUACUGUUGAUAUAUAUAUAUAUAUAUAUAUUUUUUUUUUUUUUCUUUUGGAAAAAAGAAAAAGAAAAUGGGGCAUCACCAUAAUAACCACCAUAGCCACCACCACAGCACCGCCACAGAUGGCGUUCCACAGCGGGUCAACAGCCCACGAUUUUCGGGUCCAAUGACUCGUAGAGCUCACUCUUUCAAACGCAAUAAUACUAGCCAAACUACGCAAAACACAAGUAGUACUAGCAGCAGUACUGGUGGUAAUACUUUGAAUACUCAUCAUGAGAUUGAUGUACUCAAUUCACCCAGAUCUGAAACAACAAAUUCGAAUCUUGCUGCUGAUGGGUAUGAGAUUUUAGUCGAAAAGAAGCAAACCCAUUUGAGUAAUGUUAUUCAAAGGGUGCAUUUGAGGAAAAAAUUGGAAUCGUUGAGUGUGGAUUUUGGGUUCGGAUUGGAAUUGAAAGGAAGGAGGAAGUUGGGCCAUUGGAUGUUUUUGGUGUUUUGUGGGUUGUGCUUGUUUUUGGGUGUUCUUAAGUUUUGUGCUUAUGGUUGGUUUGGAUCUGCUAUUGAUAGAGUUGCGUAUAGUCAGGAUUCAUAUGACUCUCUGGUCGGUCAGCAAAAUCUAAGGGAUCAAAGCUCUCAUGUCUAUAGGAAUAUGGAAAGAGAUAUCGAAAAUAGCGGAGAGCGGAAUCAUGUGGAACAGAGUCUAAGUAUGGUUGCAUCAGGUGUGGUUAGUAACCAUAACAGCAUGCUAGAUCAUUCAGAAAUAUGGUUGAAGCCUAAUAGUGAAAAUUUCACUCAGUGCAUUGAGCGGACAAAGAGUCAGAAACUUAUAGAUGCAAAGACAAAUGGUUACCUUCUGAUAAAUGCAAAUGGUGGCUUAAAUCAGAUGAGAUUUGGGAUUUGUGAUAUGGUAGCUGUUGCUAAAAUGAUGAAGGCAACACUUGUACUUCCAUCUCUUGAUCAUACAUCCUACUGGGCAGAUGAAAGUGGCUUCAAAGAUCUUUUUGACUGGCAGCACUUCAUUGAAACUCUGAAGGAUGACAUCCACAUUGUCGAGACAUUACCACCAGAAUUAGCUGGAACUGAGCCUUUUAACAAAACACCAAUAUCUUGGUCCAAGGUCAGUUAUUAUAAAUCAGAGGUCCUCCCUCUUUUGAAGCAGCACAAAGUAAUUUAUUUUACUCAUACUGAUUCUCGGAUAGCCAACAAUGGGAUUCCCAAUUCUAUUCAGAAGCUGAGAUGCCGUGUAAAUUACCAAGCACUAAAAUACUCUGCCCCAAUUGAAAAUUUGGGAAGAAUUCUGGUUUCAAGGAUGCGACAAGAUGGAAGUCCUUAUCUUGCUCUUCAUUUAAGGUAUGAGAAGGAUAUGCUUGCUUUUACAGGCUGCAGUCAUAAUUUGACAGUUGAAGAGGAUGAAGAACUCCGUAGGAUGCGCUAUGAGGUCGGGCAUUGGAAAGAAAAGGAAAUUGAUGGUGCAGAAAAAAGAAAGCUUGGUGGUUGCCCUUUGACCCCGAGGGAGACUGCCCUUCUGCUUAAGGGGCUGGGAUUCCCGUCGAGCACCAGGAUUUACUUGGUGGCUGGUGAAGCUUAUGGGAAUGGAAGCAUGCAACCUCUUCUGGAUAAUUUCCCAAACAUCUUUUCCCAUUCAACUCUUUCAACGGAGGAGGAAUUGAAUCCUUUCGAGCAUCACCAAAAUAUGCUGGCUGGUUUGGACUACGUUGUUGCUCUUCAGAGUGAUGUUUUCCUUUACACCUACGAUGGAAAUAUGGCUAAGGCAGUACAAGGUCAUAGGCGCUUUGAAAACUUUAAGAAGACUAUUAAUCCAGACAGGAUGAAUUUUGUGAAGCUAGUUGAUGAACUCGAUGAUGGUAAGAUCUCUUGGAAGAAAUUCAGCUCCAAAGUUAAAAAGCUUCAUGCGAGUCGUGCUGGUGCUCCUUACUUGAGGGAGCCAGGUGAAUUCCCGAAGUUGGAAGAGAGCUUUUAUGCGAAUCCCUUUCCUGGCUGUAUAUGCGAGAACACAUAGAUAGUAAAGCAGCUUGAAAAACAAGUAUUUAGUUUCUUGAUCUCCUAGGAGUUCAGUCAGGGACAUCAUGGGAGGUAUUGCUAUGCAUAUGGUUCGAGAGCAUGUGGAUUGAGUCUUUACUAAAGAAUUCAUCUCACUGGGACAGAAGCUGUCGCUGUUUAGGAAUGGGGGACUUGUAUAUAUGCACCAACGAAGUCAAGUUCAGCGAUUUGCUGCUGGUGCAGAGUCAAGUAUACCUUUCAACCAUACAAAGGCAUUAGUCAUUUUUAUUGGUCAGACGUUUUCCAAGAUACAUUCUUGGCAAGGGAGGGAGGUUGGAGCUGCCAAUAUCCAGAUAUGGCAGUAUAUGCACCCUGCAAAGUCCAAAUUAUAGAUUUGUAGGUGGUUGAUAUAGACUGUAUUGUUUCUUGAGAUACAAAUGACCACAUUAUAUUGUUAAAUCUUACAGCAUCUUUUUUAUGGGCCUCUUGAAUAGCUGAAAUUCAAAAAUAGUCAGAUUUACAA